UCGAUCGCAGCGGAAUCAGUCGCGUGCGCGCGCUUGGCCAUCUCCGAUUUCCCGCUUUCAUUUGUUUUUGUUUUCUUCUUUUCGAAGAAACCGAAAGGAGAAAUUUUGUUUUGCAUUCCGCAUCGACGUCGAGUGUUUAGUUGUUUCUUUUCAAUCGGCCAUGAGUCAAUCAAGCAAAUUCAACAUUCUGCAACCUUCUUUCGGCCACGCCAACAACCGGCUCAUUCCGCAUCAACAUUCAAAUUCGGUCGACACUCUUAAAGCCGAAGCUUCGCCACUUCAGCGCUCCACGGUCCGCAAGAGUUUCAAGCGCAAACUGCCGCAGCAGAAUGUACCUGUCGGCGAUACCAAAGCGGAAUGCAAAUCGCCCGUUCUAGCUCAGCAGAAAUCGUCUCCUUUCGUCGAUGUUCCGGCAUCGGCAGGACGAGUCGGUACGAAAAACAGUUUGGGACCUCAUCCGCCGGCUUCCGUGGCCCGUCGCAACGCCCGUGAACGUAAUCGAGUCAAGCAAGUCAACACGGGUUUCGCUGUUCUACGCCAACAUAUUCCGGUCCUUUGCGGCUCUGUCAUCGUUUACGGAGGGUUGCCCAAUUCACCUGAAAUGUCUUCAUCUUCGUCUUGUUCCUCGUCUUCUGUUUCAUCGCCUCCGGCCAGCGGUAGAUGCAAGAAGAAUAAAAUGAGCAAAGUCGAGACUCUUCGCUGCGCUGUCGAAUACAUCCGCAAUUUGGAGAAGCUCCUGGCAACGGGCGGUGAUGCCGAAGCGGGACAAGAUCAAUUGGCCAUCAAAGAGGAACCCCUGGAUUGCUUAUCAUACGAGCUGGAUGUCGCCGUUGGAUCACCGUCGAUGCAGGAAUCGCGCGAAAAUAUAUCGCCUUUUGAAAUAGCUGGACUCUCGACAUCCGCCAAUGAUUUAUCGGGUUUUUACGAUUCGAGCUCGUCACCGGAAUCGCAAAGUCCCGACGUUCAUAAUCAGCAAAAUCAACGGUUUCUUUUCCCUUUUCUGUUGGACACGUCGCCGACUACCCUGCCACCAAACGGCGAACAGAAACGAAUCAAAAUGGAACCCGAUUCGGAUUCUGCUGCCAUGUUCAAACAAGAACUGUUGCGCUCUCUUUCCUGCUGGAACAGAUCCGAUCAAGAGCAACAAGCCCUGCCGGAGCUGUUGCUGGAUCAUACAGGACAAUCGGAACAGCAACAGAAUUCGGUCAUGCAAAACAUAUCGGAUCAUAGUCUGCUCGAAUCGCUCAACAGCUGGUGGGGUUCCAGUCUGUAGGAAACAAAUCCUGUACUUCUUCCUUAUCAUUGCUUUCAUCCGCUAAUUCGUCCAUCCAUCCGUUUCAUCUUAUCGUUUUCAAAAUGCUAAUGAUUCAGGAGAGAGCACGCCCACCUUGACUGGGUCUUCUGUUCUUUCAUGUUGUUGUACAUAAAUCGCAUCACGGUCGCUCAAUCUGGUCCCGCACAUCAAAAAAAUCGAUUUUCUUUUUUUUUCCAUCGGAGCAAUGAAAAUAGCUCGAGGUCCAUUACACGUUGUAUCAUACAUCCGCACGCUGACUUUAUCAAUUGACAACUUUCUAUACGUAUUUUUUAAUUUUUUAUUGAAUUUUAACACAAAUGCAUUUGUUUUCUUUAACAAUAAAAGAAAGGUUGAAAUGGA